AUUCUCUGUACAAUCUGUAACAUACCACGCUGAACGUCUCCAGAAAGCGCCCGAGAGAACGGAAGCAUUUUUACGCACGCGACCACAACAAUUUUCAAAAUCAAAAGUCAAUUUGACAGAUGGGGGCAUGUCAAAAUUCAUAACGUCGUCUGAUGGUAUUUAUAAUACCGUUAAAGUCUUAUGAAUUAAUUAACAAUUACAGUAAUUAAUCAUCUUACAAACAAAGCAGCUGUAGAGGUAUAAAAACGCACCGGAGACCGAGUCAACAACAGUAUCUCUCCUGAGCUUGAAAGAAUUCACACCUUGCUCAUUCAGCGACUUAGAAUUUACCUGAUUAAUCUAUAUAACUAUGUAUGCCACAGUUUCAGUGAUCGUGUUGUCUAUUCUACUUCCCGAGGUUGUUUUCGGAGCUUGCCGAUUUUAUAGUCAGGAAAUGACUGCAAUGCCGGGAAAGAAAGUGACUUUGGACUGUCUGUACAAAAGUUCAAUCCGGGUCCCCUACCAGCAAUCCUACCGGGACCACGAGACGUGCGAGGACUGUCAGUGCACGGAGACUGGGCUGGAGUGUUGUGGGUUUGGAAGUCAUGCUGGAACGUUUAAAGUUGAGGGCUGUAUAGAGAAAACAGAGGGUUGUUACUCCACAUUUGUGGAUGCAAACGACCCCACCAAGCCUUGUCCCGCUAUGCAGACAACGACACAAGCUCCCCCUAGUCCCACUUACAGAAAUCCAUUCGCGAUCAAGGACGAUAACUCAUUAUUCAACAGUUUUGGAAGCCCGAACUCGCUCUACAAUGUUGACAACUGGAAAAACACUGACAAACAGUCCCAACGAAAACGCCAAUACGAGUUACUUAUGUCCUUCAUUAAAUACUAUCUGAUCAACAAUAACUAAGUGGUCAGAACUGUGUAGUGGACAUACCCGAAAUCCAACAUUAUUUAUUUCUAUUUAUCGUGACUCUCCUCUCUUUAUUGAUUUGAUAUUCAACGACACGUGUUUAUGUUUCAACAGAUUUAUUUCAACAAUUUACUCGGAUGUUUUUGAAUAUAUAUGUUGUGGACAUUGUGUUCUGCAUUUUAUUUAUUGUUGUUUUAUAUGACUUUUUUCGUGCUUUGUAUAAUAAAGAAGAAAUUGAA